UUUUUUUUUUUCUCUCUUGCAGGUGCUAGGUGCCACAGGUGAAGGGCCCCGCGGUUCAAUUGGAAGGAAAAGUCCAAGUCCCUCCAAUCUUCUUCAAUCUUUCUUCUCCCUGUCGUGCAGCCAGCAAGUUACAACCAAACUUUGAAGAUUUCACAAUCGCGCACACUUUUCCAACAAAUAUCUCGUUAUUUCAUCCUUCACCAUGGAUCUUCUCUAGGGUUUAAUACGAGGUCUCUUUGAGCAGCUGUCUACACAUCCGCUUCAGCUUGAGACCAGUACUUGUCUCGCUUUCUUCUUUGGUCUUGUGACCUGCUCAUCCCCGGUUCAAAAGCUGUAAAAGCUUGACUACUUCGACAUUCUGACGUCGGCAUAUUUCACUUACCGCAAUCGGAGCAAAUAGGAAUCCUCUGCUGCAGCAACAACAAAAAAAUCUUGGAAGAAAAGAAACUGUUGUUGAGGACCACAUACGUCAACGAGAUACCUUACCUAGUGCUCACCCGCAUUUCUCCUCAAAGCUAGUUGUGUUUGUCUACCUGUUAGUAGGUAGUCGAAGAUAACUUUUUUUCUUUCGACACCGCCUUUAGUUCCUACAAGUAGAUCGCCAAGAUGGUUAGAAACAUCGUCAUCCUCUCCGGGAACUCCCAUCCCUCCCUCUCAGAGUCUGUAUGUAAUAUGCUUGGAAUUCCCAGCGGGAACCGCAUAUUAAGCAAGUUCUCUGUCGGCGAGACCCGUUGCGAGAUCCAGGACUCGGUACGAGGCAAGGAUGUUUUCAUCAUCCAAUCUGGAGGUGGUUCCAUAAACGACCACCUCAUAGAACUUUGCAUCAUGAUAUCCGCCUGCAAAACGGGUUCGGCCAAGCGUGUCACAGCCGUGCUCCCAUUGUUUCCCUAUUCUCGACAACCAGACUUGCCCUAUAAUAAAAUUGGGGCACCACUGUCGAAACCCCCGACCGAGGUUCCAAAGGACAAGUACACGUUCGAGAGCGUCCCAGCAACGCCCGGCCCGGGUAUCAUUAAGAGUGCUAGUUUCAACAGAGAAACUGACCUCGCUAGGGUGAUGAGCAAGACCUCCCUUACUAAUGGAAACGGGACUGCAAACGGUCUUCAACGUACCAAUAGCGAGAACUACUUCAAUGGCAAUGGGAAUGCCAACGGACAUACCAACGGGAACACCAAUGGAAGCACUAAUGGCGAUGGACAUUCGGCUGUAUACCAGACCCACUCGCGUGCCGGAAGUUAUACUACUCACGACUACGAGAAUCCCGGACUCAUCUCAACCUUCCAGGCUAAACCAGGAUAUAAGAGAUGGGUUGCGCAGGCUGGAACUCUGGUGGCAGAUCUCCUGACCUGUGCCGGUGCUGACCACGUUGUUGCUCUAGAUCUUCAUGAUCCACAAUACCAGGGUUUCUUCGAUAUCCCGAUGGAUAAUUUAUACGGCCGUCCCUUGCUGAAGCGCUAUAUCCAGCAGAACAUUCCCGACUAUAAGGAUGCCGUGAUUGUGAGUCCGGAUGCUGGUGGCGCAAAACGCGCCACCGCAAUUGCGGAUAGUCUGGGCAUGGACUUUGCCCUCAUCCACAAGGAACGCCGACCAACACGAAUCACGGACCGACAAAACGCGACGAUGAUGCUAGUGGGCAAUGUUGCGAACCGGGUCUGUGUUCUGGUUGAUGAUCUGGCUGACACCGCCAACACCAUUACCCGCGCUGCGAAGUUAGUCCGAAAAGAGGGAGCAACGGCUGUCUACGCACUCCUUACUCACGGUGUAUUAAGUGGCGACGCUAUCGCCCGAAUCAACGCCUCAGCCCUAGACAGGGUUAUUGUAACCAACUCUGUUCCUCAGGAUGAGCACAAGAAGCUAUGCCCCAAGCUUGAAGUAUUGGACGUCGCACCGAUAUUCGCUGAAGCUAUCCGCCGCAUCCACCAUGGUGAAUCUAUCAGCGUCCUGUUUCAGUAUGACUGAGCAGCCGUGAGAUUCGAAGUAGGAUGGAAGUUAUCCUACUACUAAGGGCCUCGCCGACCGUUCACGGUCACCCCAGCGAAGGCUUUCUUUUAGGACGCAAGGGACAAGUCUGAUGGGCCAUAUUUCGCUUCCGAACGAUCCCUUUACGAGCAUAGUUAUGCUCAUAACGCAUUUCCUGUUUGGGGGAAUUCUUUUGGACCUGAGCUUCGAGGCUCAGUUUUAAUUGUCUCUCGUUUCAUUUGGAAUGCAUAGGGUCGACGGCGACCUCUUCUCAAGGUAGGCUAGAUUUAUUAGCUGGUUUGCUUUCUCUUGCGUCUGCCGCUACGACCAGGCGCUUCUGGUAAUGUUGGGGGUUUCUCGCGAAAUCAGUCGCGUCUCAUAGGCGUCUUAUAGAGAGGAGUUUCUAGGUCGGCAAAGUAACAAGAGCUUCUCACAAGCCUUCCUCACCGUAAAUACCACACCGCCAUACUCAAGUUUCGUACUUGUGAUUUGCAUUUUUGGCAGGCCUUAUCCCGAUGAUAAGGCGAUGCCAAGUAGCUAGUUACUUACCUAUGUGUAAGUACGGCUAUAAGGCUAGGUCUAGUGCACACUAGUCUUGUCUAUUGGAAGCAUGAGUUCGGGGUAAAUUCUAGACUUUCGUGUAUAUUGCAUUACAGGUUGGGGUAUAUCUAUGAUUGAUUAUUUUGGCGUGAUGAUGAUUUGAUAGAACAAGUCCAAUAGGC